AUGGAGCCGGAGCUGGAGCCCGCUCUGCGCAGGAUUCCAUCCUGGAGCAGUCUCGGGGGCCCUGAGCCUCAAGAAAUCAGCUUUCUAGAAGAGAGAGACGGUGACUCAUGGCCGUCGCCAGCCGUGACCACCAGCUCAGAAAGACUCCACGGGAAACGGGGCACGAAGUCUUCAAGAUGGACGAAGCAGGAGGCUGUGGAGAAAGGAGAGCCACCAGGCGUCGGGGAAGGUCCCCGGGCCAGGCCAGCUGCUGAGUCCACCGGGCCGGAAGCCACAUUCCCUGAGUCCACGCCCUUGGCCCGGGUGGGCACCCCAGCCGCCGGGUGGGACUGCCAGCCGCCUGACUGUGCAGCCUCGGCCGCAGGCUCCGGCACAGACGAUGGGGAGUUGGCCGCUGCGUUUCCAGCCUCAGAAGACUGGAGCCGCGAGCUGGAAGGCGUGGUGGAAGAGAGGCCAGCCCCGUGCCCGUCCCCACAGGCCCCACUGCUCAGCCUCGGCUGGGAUGACGAGCUGCAGAAGCCCGGGGCCCAGGUCUACAUGCACUUCAUGCAGGAGCACACCUGCUAUGAUGCCAUGGCAACCAGCUCCAAGCUGGUCAUCUUUGACACCAUGCUGGAGAUCAAGAAGGCCUUCUUUGCCCUGGUGGCCAAUGGUGUGCGGGCAGCACCACUGUGGGACAGCAAAAAGCAGAGCUUUGUGGGGAUGCUGACCAUCACAGACUUCAUCUUGGUGCUGCAUCGCUACUACCGGUCCCCGCUGGUCCAGAUCUACGAGAUUGAAGAGCACAAGAUUGAGACCUGGAGGGAGAUUUACCUGCAAGGCUGCUUCAAGCCGCUGGUCUCCAUCUCGCCCAGUGACAGCCUGUUCGAUGCUGUCUACACCCUCAUCAAGAACCGGAUCCAUCGGCUGCCCGUGCUGGACCCGGCCUCGGGCACCGUGCUCUACAUCCUCACGCACAAGCGGCUGCUCAAGUUCCUGCACAUCUUUGGUACCCUGCUGCCCCGGCCCUCCUUCCUCUGCCGGACUAUCCAAGAUCUGGGCAUCGGCACAUUCCGAGACUUGGCCGUGGUGCUGGAAACGGCGCCCGUCCUGUCGGCUCUGGACAUCUUCGUGGACCGACGUGUGUCUGCGCUGCCUGUGAUCAAUGAAUCAGGUCAGGUCGUGGGCCUCUACUCCCGCUUUGAUGUGAUCCACCUGGCUGCCCAGCAAACCUACAACCACCUGGACAUGAGUGUGGGAGAAGCCCUGAGGCAGAGGACAGUGUGCCUGGAGGGGGUCCUCUCCUGCCAGCCGCAUGAGACCCUGGGGGAAGUCAUUGACAGGAUUGCGCGGGAACAGGUGCACCGGCUGGUGCUAGUGGAUGAGACCCAGCAUCUCCUGGGCGUGGUCUCCCUCUCCGACAUCCUGCAGGCGCUGGUGCUCAGCCCUGCUGGCAUCGACGCCCUCGGUGCCUGA